CUUCAUUUACUAUCUGGACCUUUGGUCAAGGCCACCUAGAACAUCGUUUGCAACACUUCAACUCAAGAACCCCUUUUCUGGGGAAGUAUUCAUCAUCUCAACGGUGCCAUGGCCAUUCUCAACCUCCGGCGAUCCCUCAAUCCCCUGACGGAAAAGAGUAUUCGCCUUGACAAAAACGUCCGGCGACAAGUAGGAAGUGAACAAUAGCGCCUGAAUGAGACAUAGCCUUGAAACACUACUGUGAUCUCCAGUUGACCAACCUAGAUGUGUAACGCCUUAAUACAAGGCUUCGCCGUCCCCGCGUAUCUCCACAACGGUCUCGAAUUCGGCGAGAAAGGCCUCGAACUCAGCUUCGACGCCUACAUCAUCCGCCUGUCCCAGCUCCGCGCCUGGGGCAUAACCGUCCGAGAAAAGAUCUGACAGGGUCCUCCCACCGACCCUUUCGAACGCCAAUGCCUCAAAGACUCCGCUAUCAACCUGAUCUCCGAAGCCAGCAAACUCGACGCCGAACUCGCCGCCUGAGCCGCCCAGAUCCCCCAAGAAUGGUCCUACG